CAGGACGUUCCGUCCCUUGUCUACGGACGCCUAUGGCACAACAAUAACAACAGCGUAGUGAAGAGGUGCACUUCGUUUGCUCGUGUGCGUUAGCCGAUUUAACAUGAGUGAAGUCGAUUUGUGGUGUUUGGUUGAGGUAUGUCAAAAGUCCGAGUUUUGGAUCGCUCCAUCAGACGCCUUCUUAAGCCGUGCAGUGAAUUUCGAUCGAAUCCACUUCCGGACGGGACACCCGUCGGGAGGAAGAUACUAUGUGGAGCUUAAUCACGGAGAUUCACACAGAGUCAUGAGAGUUGACCACUCUACCGGAAAGAGGCCGAGUGCUGUGCAGUAUUGUUUGUUGCACUAUGUUAGUGAAAACCGUGAAGAGGUAUUCGAGUUUGUCCACAUCGCGCUACACAUGGCGCGGACGUUAUGCAUUUCAGAAGUAGAUGAGCAAGAAGUUGCCAACUGGAUGAAACCGACGUGUUUAACGCAUCGCCAUCACUCUUCUGUGUGUGCGGAUACAGAACCGUUUACCGGACCUCUAGGAUUGUGGCAGCUAGCUGAGUGUGUAACAAGUUUGAGAGCGCUAGCAAGGCGUUACGUUACAUAUCGGCGUGAAUUUAACGAAAAAUUGCUCGUAUAUAUCCCAGCUAAGGACGAUGAGACCCUUGCGUGCUUUGGCGGGCAAUAUUGUGCGUGUCUGCAUGAUAGCAAAGUUUAAAGUGUAUUUGCACUGUUUAUUUGUUUGUUAGAAAUUGCACCAAUAAAGUGAC